AUGGUAUAUGAAUAUGUGACCAAGCUGUUUGCCCUCAUCCAGAAGGACAACUCAGAUGUUCGAUGUUCCAAUGGAGAACCACCUAUCAUCCCAAAACCAGAGCGUGUGGUAGGGGUCAUCGGGGCUUCGGCCAGCUCAGUGUCCAUAAUGGUGGCCAAUGUUCUUCGUCUGUUUGCGAUACCUCAGAUCAGUUAUGCUUCAACAGCACCUGAGCUUAGUGACAACAAUCGCUAUGACUUUUUCUCCCGAGUCGUGCCGCCUGAUUCCUUCCAAGCCCAGGCGAUGGUAGACAUCGUCAAAGCCAUGGGCUGGAACUAUGUUUCUACUCUGGCAUCAGAGGGCAACUAUGGAGAGAGUGGUGUAGAUGCUUUCGUUCAGAUAUCCAGGGAAGCAGGAGGUCUUUGCAUCGCACAGUCUAUUAAAAUUCCUAGGGAGCCAAGACCAGGAGAGUUUGACAAGAUCAUCAAGAGGCUAAUGGAGACAUCCAAUGCCAGAGGGGUUAUUAUCUUCGCUAAUGAAGAUGACAUCAAAUAUCAUGGACCAUUACAGACAUUAAUCUUGUAUAAACAUUCAUUCCUACCUCUUUUCUGCUCACAGCUCCUGGGUGUUUUCAUUUGGUUUGGAGUGAUUCCCCCUCACACGACUGUCGACUUUGAUGAGCUACGUCCCCCCAACCCUGAGUAUGCGCGUGGGAUCCUGAAAUGUGAUAUGUCAGAUCUGUCUCUGAUUGGCUGUCUGAGCUACAGUAUGGUGCUGAUGGUCACAUGUACAGUCUAUGCCAUUAAGAGCAGAGGGGUUCCUGAGACCUUCAAUGAGGCCAAACCCAUCGGCUUCACCAUGUACACCACCUGUAUCAUCUGGCUGGCCUUUGUGCCCAUAUUUUUUGGCACAUCACAAUCCACAGAAAAGAUGUUCAUUCAGACCACAACGCUGACCGUGUCCAUGAGUUUGAGCGCCACGGUGUCCCUGGGCAUGUUGUACAUCCCCAAAGUCUAUGUCAUCAUCUUCCACCCAGAGCAGAAUGUUCAGAAGCGCAAGCGCAGCUUCAAAGCCGUGGUCCAGGCAGCCACCGUUUCCACUCAUCUCUCACAGAAGUCCAGCGACAAGCAGAACGGAGAGACCAAAGUUGAACCAGAUAGAUCCCAAUAAAGACCAAGAGGCCUGUGUACAUCCUAAUGAAGUAGUCUGAGAAAAAUAGUCAAGGCAAACUGCUGCUUGAUAAAUCAUUCAUUUUGCAACCACUAAUGGAUGAGGAUCACCAGAGGAUGCGCUGAUAUUUUUUAUAUCUGCAAUACAAGAGUCUGGGUGAGAAAAACACUAAUAUAAUGUAUAAAUGAAUAGUACAACAUGUGCAGAAAUUAGAGGAUCAAUGGAUUCUUUGUGAUGUGGAACUCUCACAUCAGCUUUGAGACUGAAAAUAUUUGUUCCCUUUAAUAUUUCCCUUGUAACCACGGCAUCACCAGUUGAGAUGAAAUCAUAGAUUCAUGAAUUCAUGAUGAAGAAGACUGUCCAUACAGAGUCCCUUUGGAGAAAAAAAAACAAUAGAAAAUUUCUUCCACCAGCAUUUUUUGAAGGACUAAGUGUUUGUAUCUGAUGUGUACAAAUGAAAUCGGACUUAAACUUAGGCACACAUCAGUGAGUCACGUUCAGUUUCAGUGUCAUCUCCAUCCUUAUCCCCUUAUCCUAAAUACAUAUCAUAAAAGAUCAAAUGAGACUAUACGGAGACAAUGUUGGGAUCAAAUGUGAUUCAACAGCUGGAGUGAACACUCUUUGCUUUUAAAAAUGUGCCAUAACUUUGUUUCAGAAUAAAUGUUUUAAGUGUCUUGUGUGCAGUCCUCAUAGGCAAUAUCCUGUAUUCUUAAACAUAUUUAUUAAAAAUGAUAGAUUAUCAAGAAAAAGCAAUGACAAUCUGUAAUGAAACAACA